CCCCCCCCACGCUGUGACUGUUUACCUGCGCAUCACGCGGCCGAGGCGUGACAGCUGGCUACAUAAAACUCGCCUCUCAGCUGUCUCUACAGACAUGGUGCAGCACUCAGAGUACACGGACGUUCGUUCAAACGAGUCACAAGCGCCUAUCGACAAGAUGGCAUCUCAACUAGAAAGCUGUCUUCCUCACAUCUCCAGUAUGUAUACUGGACUAAAGGUCCAAAAGAAGCCUCCAGUCCAUUGUCAGGUGUCCCAGGACUGUCAGUGGGUGGGUGACUACGAGGAUACUCUCUCCCACUGCCAGCAAGUACACCCAGACAAAAUUUGGCUGUCUGGCGAAAAGGAACGAUGUUUCACGGUGGAGGACAUCAGUAAGGAUAGCUACCACGUGGAGCUUGUGGUGGCUCAUGGUCGACUGUUCUGGCUACACGUCAAGACUGAUCUCUUCUCCAACCACUUGUACGCGGCGUGCCAACACAUUGAGCGCGGUGACGAAGACUCCCAUACUAAGUACAUGAUCAGAACUGAACUAUGUGACGAGACUCGACUGAACUGUAUCUCCUCCUCCUACGAGACGCGUCCAUCUAGCGAGGACAUCACCAAGAUCUUCACCAACCAGAGAUGUCCGGUUCGCUCCCUCCAGAGACUCAACAGUUUCACCAACAGUGACAAGAGCCUUACGCUACACGUCAGCAUCAACAAAGUCUACUACUACCAGUAGAUCUCCUACUUGUCCACUCUCAUUCCUAUUAUACUUAGCUUUAGUCUUGUACAUAUAUAUACCUAAUUAUUAUGUCAUAAUAUUUGUUUCAAUAUUUAAUAUUAUAUUUUAAUAAAACAUAUUUUUACAUGAAAA